AUGAAGGAGCUGACGGAGAUGCCCUUCUUGAAGGAGUUGAUGGGCUUCUCCAGUGGGGUGCUCUACGUGGACCCUCGGCAGAAUGCCUUCCCUCCUUUCGACGAGAAUUUCAUUCAACAAUUCGGCUUUGGCUUCGGGCUGGACGAAUUGGACGACAUGCUCAACUGCAGAGGAGUCGCUGGAGAGCUGAACGCCAUGGCGAUCUACAUUGGCAGCAAGCUCGAUACGGGACUGUCGAUGUCGGUGAACGCGAGCGGUGACGCGUUCUUUAUUGAAACGACAGGCAAGGGCGAGCCUGUUACCAGCAACGUGCUCUGGGGAGCUGUGAAUUUCGUGUACGAAGGCAUGGACUACUACCCUGAGGAUGACUACAUGAAGAAGGAGAGGGAGGAGAUAUUCCGCAAGUGGAGUCGCAAGUAUGCAAGCGGCAAGUGGCAGCCGAUGGCAGGUAACGGGGGCUUUGACUUGUACCAGACGGAUCCGUUCCGUUGUGCGCGUCUUUGGCCGACUGUGGAUCAACGCACGCCGUAG